AUGGCCGACAGUUUCAAGAAAAUCAUUGGCCUUGAUGCAGUGCUUGCAACCAUAUUGGAGAGAUUAUCUGAUGAUGAGUCUGAUUCAGAGAUAAUCGAACCAGAGAGAUAUGACGAUGACGUGAUCCAAGCUGUUGUCACGAAGUAUGUCGAGAUUCAUAACUCCUUGCAAAGCCACCAUCCUAAUCAUGAUGGCACAAGCAGAGAUGAUAUAACUCAAGAACCCAACGAACCCAGCGAUCCAGAUUAUGAACCUGCAGAUGAUUCUCUUCAGGACGAAACUGAAACAGAAGAUGUCGCUGAUGUCAUUCCUACUGUCGAAGCUGCCACUGGAGCAGCCCCGGACGUUGAUGCUAAUCCAGUUCAAGCUCCUGCCCUCCAUCCUGAUGACGUUCAAGCUCCUGCUGGCAAUCCUGAUGACGUUCAAGCUCCUGCUGGCAAUCCUGAUGACGCUCAAGCUCCGGCUGGCAAUCCUGAUGACGCUCAAGCUCCGGCUGGCAAUCCAGCUGCACCUGAUGCCGCCGCGCCUGUUCGAGGGAGAAAAAGGCAACGAGAUCCAUCAUCGUGGAAGCGGAACGUACGACAUCGUAAUCGUUGUGCUGGAGCUGAGUACACCACAAGAAAAGGAAAGGUUGUUGCAGCAAAGAAACCAUUGGCUUGCCGUUGUACCCAAAAUGGAUGUCGUUUUAAAUGUCGUGAAAAAGUAACUGAAGAAAUGAGGGGUGUCUUAUGCCAAGAGUACUAUGAGCUUGCUAAUAGAGACCAGCAAAAUAGCUUCAUUGUUUCUAUGGUCGACGAGUCAACCGUCGAACGACACCGCAGUCGCAAAAACGUUGCGAAAAAAACAAAAGGAAAAUCAUGCUUGUAUCACUUCUCUUUCAAUAAUGAAAAGCAUCGGAUUUGCAAGAUGUUCUUUCUGAAGACACUUGCCAUAAGCAACAGUGUCGUCGAGUACGCUCUGAAAGGGAAGGGAGAGUCGGGUGCUUACGUGGCCAAGGACAAACGACUUGGAAAGGCCACAGCUAACAAAAUAUCGGAGGAAAGGAUACAGCACGUGAUGGACCACAUUGAUCGUUUCCCGCGCAUUGAGCCACAUUAUUGUCGAAAGGACACAAAUGCCCAGUAUCUUUCACCAGAACUCAACAUUAGACAAAUGUACCGCCUCUACCUGGAAUACUGCAAGGAAAAGAACAUAAAUAAUCCUGUGAAAGAGAGUCUUUACCGAAAGAUCUUUGUUACCGAAUUCAACUUACGAUGCUACGUCCCCAAAAAAGAUCAAUGUUCUGUGUGCAAUGCAUAUAAUACGGCAACUGGAGAUGACAAGGAUGAGUUGCGUCCCAACUGGGAAGCACACAAAAAACGUGAAGCAGAUUCUGUCACAGAAAAAAAAGAAGACAAGAGGAAAGCCAAGGAAAGCGACGACUACCAUGCAGUCUCAUUCGACCUGGAGGCAGUGCUGACCACUCCAUUCGCAGGAGAUGCACAGAUUUAUUAUAAAAGAAAACUUGCAGUUUAUAACUUCACUAUCUAUAAUCAAGCAACAACUGCUGGGCAUUGCUAUCUGUGGGAUGAAACAGAAGGUGGUAGAGGGGCAAAUGAGAUUGCAACUGCCCUUCUUGACUAUCUGCAAAGAUUGCCGCAAGAGGUUCGCCACUUCACUAGUUUCUCCGAUACCUGUGGAGGACAGAAUCGGAAUCAGUUCAUGGCAGGUGCCAUGCUAUACGCUGUUCAGAAAAUUCCCAACCUUGAAGUAGUUGACCUGAAGUACAUGGAAUCUGGCCAUAGUUACCUGGAGGCCGAUUCCAUGCAUGCAACCAUUGAAGGGGCCAGACGACAUCAAAAGGUUUACACAACCAGGGAAUGGGAAGUGCUCAUAAGAGGAGCCAGAAAAGUUAACCCCCCGUAUGAGGUGAAUGUCCUUAAGCACGGCAACUUCCUGAACGUCAAGGAAAUGAGCAGCUCCAUCAUAAAAAACCGCACAAGAAAUCGAGAUGGAGAGCAAGUCAACUGGCUGAGCAUAAAGUGGUUGAGAUUCGAAAAGGCUAAGCCAUACGUCAUUCAAUAUAAAUACGGCAUCCAACAAGAUGAGUUCAUGCAGAUUAUGGUACAAGCAGACCGAGGUAGACGCAGGUCUAUUGAAAACACUCCCCUUGGUCCCUUGUAUACGAGCCGCCGCCCAAUCACCAAGGAGAAGAAGAAUGAUCUACUCGACUUACUCCGCUCCAGGGUCAUUCCAUCCGAUUACAGAGUAUUCUAUGAAGGUCUACCAUCAACCCAACAUGGGACCACUGUAGGAUGGGAGGAGAAUGAGGAGACUUAG